UAGAAAUCAUUCCGGGGGGUGUGGACGGCAUGACCGCUUUUAGCCGGCACGCCAUCUGUCGCCGCAAAAUAGAUAUUUGCUAGAGUUGCGAUCCUGGGAAGGCAACGAUCCUCCGAUCUUGCAAUUCCAAUCUGUUUCAUGAAGCAAUUGAAGGUGAACCGUGCAGGAACACAGGCAGAAUCAGCCAAUCUGGGGAAUUGCGUGUGAACACACGGUCAUCUCUUUUGAGCUUUUUCCAGUUGAGCUCUGUUCCUUUGUUUCUCUGCGGUGCCGCUAUGGCGCUGUUUCAGCAACUGGGGGCCGCUCUGAGGCAAACGGCGGCAAGAUCUGUGCUAGUCUCGCAGCUGCGGUCGCAAGCGCCAGCAUUCACUGUUAUGCAGCAACGGGCGCAGACAACAAAGAUCUUUGUUGGAGGCCUGCCCUAUGAGAUGUCGGAGGAGGAUCUGAGGGCUCAGUUUGAGCGGUUUGGCGAGAUUGAAGAUGUUGUGAUCCCCCUCGACAGAGCGACCGGCCGGGGCAAGGGAUUCGGAUUUGUCAAGUUCGCAGAAGCUGAGCACGCCCAAGCUGCGCAAGAGCUCGAUGGCAGUGAACUUGGGGGCCGGCCUAUAAAGGUGGACAUGGCCCAGGAGCGCCAGCCCAGACAGGAAGGGGGGGGCGGCUAUGGUGGUGGGGGCGGUUAUGGUGGUCGGGGGGGACGGGGCUAUGGGGGCGGUCGGGGAGGCCGCGGUGGCCGCGACCGGGGGGGCUAUGGCGACAGGAAUGGAUACGGGGAUAGGGAGGGCGGCAGGCGCGGCAGGGAGGAUGACGAAUGGUGAUUGUCAAUCAAAGGCGACGGGGUAUCGGUCGAAGUUGGUUGAGUUCUUGUUUCCUGGACGAUGAGGAUGGGGAGGUCUCUUUAGAGUUCUGGGCUCCGUUUAUAUGAGAGGUAGAGCGGGUGGGGGUGGCUGGACUCGUGGCUUGAGUGAUAGGUCCAAGGUACACAGGUAUAGGACGAAUAAGGGGUCAGGCACUCGAGCAAACUUUCUAUUGACGGCCUACAUAGUGCAGACAAUACAGCUAGGUGAUCAAAGGCGGUUGCGAAGAAAGGUCUUUUGAGGGUUUCUCGUUGUUGGGAUGUUUACAGGGAACAUUCUUUGUAUCUUCAUGUCGGGCUUUUACGUUGGGCCUGAACCACAAACGCGAUCUUAUUGCAAAGCACUACUCUUGAGGCAUCUUUACUCGGGCGGCUGAUCAAGUAACCUUGGAACGAGCUUUUGUACGCUCUGGCUUGGGGAUUGAAAUCGGCACUACACGUUUAAUUCAAAGUGCCCCGCUCAGGAUUUUUUACGAUGAAUUUGUGUACACGUCCAUGGUGGGAAGUGUAACAAUCGGACAUACCACCUAUUCGGCUGGCACUGAGGCGGGUCACAGUUGUUAGGUGUGCACGAUAUAGUUCAAGACCUUCAUAUGACCGUCCUUUGCUGACAUAUGUUACCAGCUCAAUUAGUGGCGUG